AUCAGACCAGAGAGGAAGACAAGGAACUUGAAUAUGGCUAUGACGACCUGGAUUGUUCUGUUUCUUUCGCUGUCAGCUUUGGUGCAGAAAAGCUUCGAAGAACAAAGCAUAUGUACUAGUGAAACAGAUGUAGUGUUCAUCGUGGAUUCCUCGGCAAGCAUUCAUAUUGACAAUUUCAAUAAUCAAAUAAAGGACUUUGUGAAGAGGUCAGCAGCGGAAUUCGGCGUUGCACCGGGCAAGAGUCGCGCAGCAGUUAUACUAUUCAGUGCGGAUGCUGAAGUCAAGAUAAAAUUUGGUGACGCCCCAACCCUGAAAAGCUUUCAGGCAAAAGUGGACGACUUGGUGCACCAGGAAGGUGGUGCUACACGAAUCGACAAAGCCCUGAAAUUGGCAAAGGAUCUGUUUAUUCCCGAGCCGAAAGAGAGAAAGGGCGUAAAGAAGGUUGCACUCCUUCUUACUGAUGGGAAACAAACAAAGGAUUCGAGGAAAGACCUAGAAGAAGCAUCUAAGCCUUUACACGACGCAAAGGUUGUUACGUUAGCCGUUGGUAUUGGCGACAGCGUGGACGAAACUGAACUGAAGAAGAUAGCUAAGAGCGAGAACGAUGUGGUAAUAACUAAGAACUAUACAGACCUGCAAAAUAAACUUCUGAGCAUAAUCAGCAUUGCCUGUGAUGAGGGUAACUGUGCUUGCUUCAGCGGCUCAUCAUAUAUUACCGUUGAAAACUACGAGGAUGAAAAGGCCCGAGAACAAGACGACAUCCACUUUGAAUUCAAGAGCUCCAAGCCGUUUGGAACAAUCAUGUUCGUUCAGGGUACCUAUAGCGACCAUAUUUACGUGGGAUAUAAUCAUAACGACGAGCUGACGUACCGUGUGGACCUCGGAAAAGGGGAGAGAGAAAUAAUGGCAAAGGGCGUGAAGCUGGACGACAACAAAUGGCACACAUUUCGACUUGAGCGAGUUGGACGUUCGUUCAAAAUAACCAUCGACAAUGCAAGUAAACCACAAGCUAUCGGAGAAGUUCCCGGAGACUUCGACCGUCUCGAUAUAACAAAGGGUUAUUUCUUGGGCGCGCCGAAUUUUCCAAAUUUUAUUGGCUGCAUUCGGGAUCUCAAGGUUGAUGGAGAAGCAAUAAUUGCAAAUGCUGUCGGGGGAGCAAGCGGCUACUCAGUUACAAACAAGGAUGAAAUGAAAUUAUGCACCGAAAGUGACCAAGAGUAAGACUAAGCAUUGCCACAAGGCAAUUGAUUUUAAAGUAAACUGAGAAUAUGUAAUUGUAAUUGUAAAUGUAGCCGAAAGACAAGUGAUCCAGCAGGAAAUUUGUGGCAAUUGUGCAUGAUUCUUUGCAACGAAAGCAAUGUAAUA